UCACGCAGACUCACCGUUUAUUUACCGGACAACAGUCGCACCAUUGUCAACCAACCCUACUUUGAAUCCCUUAACGGAAUAACACAUCUGCUCGUUUGUUAGAUCUUUGGUUUAGCCAGCGCGCUUCACCUCGACACGGCGUGAGUCAGUGAUGCGGGAACCGCAGCGAGUCCACUGGAUUGGAUAAAAGAGUCUCGAGUACGUCGGCAAAUACCCGACCGUUCUGUUUAGCUGUACAGAUCGGGCUGAAACGAAAUGCGGGCACCGAUUAGAUAACAAGGGGGACUGCUACUCGAGUUUGCGUGGCUGCAGAAAGGUUGGAAAAAUUUACGGGUUAAGAAGGUUAUUCGGAGGGACCGCUCUACUACCUGGAAGCACCAUGGCCAGGAGAAGCGAAGAAUCUGUGAAUGGAUCUUGGAAAAAGCAAGUGGAUGACAUCAGAAAGAUAUUUGAGUUCAAGGAGAUCCUCGGGACUGGGGCAUUUUCAGAGGUGGUCCUGGCUCAAGAGAAGACCACAGGAGCGAUGUAUGCAGUGAAAUGCAUCCCAAAAAAAGCACUGAGAGGAAAAGAGAGUGGAAUAGAAAAUGAGAUUGCAGUGCUGAGGAAGAUCAAGCAUGAGAACAUUGUGUCUCUGGAAGACAUUUAUGAGAGCCCCAGUCAUCUAUAUCUAAUUAUGCAACUUGUGUCAGGUGGUGAAUUGUUUGAUCGAAUCGUGGAGAGAGGCUUUUACACUGAGCAGGACGCAAGCGCGUUAAUAAAACAGGUCCUGGACGCGGUUAACUACCUGCAUUCACUGGGAAUCGUCCACAGAGACCUAAAGCCAGAGAAUCUGCUGUAUUUUAACCCACAUGAAGAGUCCAAGAUCAUGAUAAGUGAUUUUGGGCUUUCCAAGAUGGAGGGUGCGGCCAAUGACAUCAUGUCCACAACGUGUGGGACGCCAGGUUACGUGGCACCAGAAGUGUUAGCACAGAAGCCUUACAGUAAAGCUGUGGACUGCUGGUCUAUUGGAGUUAUUGCUUACAUCCUGUUAUGUGGUUACCCCCCGUUUUACGAUGAAAAUGACUCUAAACUGUUUGAGCAAAUACUGAGGGCGGAGUACGAGUUUGAUUCUCCAUACUGGGACGAUAUUUCUGAUUCAGCUAAAGACUUCAUCAGUAACCUGAUGCAGAAAGAUCCUGAAAAGAGGCUCACUUGUGAAGAGGCUCUUAGGCAUCCCUGGAUAGCAGGUGAUACUGCUCUCUGCAAGAACAUCCAUGAAUCAGUCAGUCGACAGAUGAAGAAAAACUUUGCGAAAGCUAAAUGGAGGCAAGCAUUUAAUGCUACCGCAGUGAUCCGACAUAUGAGGCGUCUUCAGCUCGGCAGCAGUAUAGAUUCAUCUCAGCACAGGAAACAGAAUCAAAUGAUGCCAACGAAGAGUCAAUCAGUCGACGUUUCCUCGGUCAACCGCAAUGACUCCCUUGAGGAGGGUAUUAUCUUUGUCUAGGUUCAGCAAUGCUGCAAGCGUCAAACUCUUCCUCCAGGACGGGAAUGCCUGAGCGUCGUCCACGGCCAUCCACGGUCACCACCAUCAUCACCUGCUCCAAAUGACAUCACUUCCUGUCAGACUGCACACUUGGAGACUACUACACAUUGAAAGUAUGGUGGAAAAAGUUUUUAUCUGUAACUUUAAUCCUCUUCAGUCAUGUGUUCCAAACCGGUUUUCCUUUUUGGAAAGUCAAAGGCACGAUAUCUGUUCCACAAGACUGUUUUGAAAACAGCGGCGAAGCAGUGAUUGGCUUUGAUUUGAUUAUGAGGACUGUAUUAUUGUGCAAAGCUCCUGACAGGGAUGUAUGUGGCAUUUUAACUGAAGAGUUUAUUUAACAUGCUGUUAAGAGUCUUAAAGGGACAGUUCCCCCUACUAUCCCUUUAAUAGAAACUAAAACAAGAAAGAAAGUGAAAGCACAAGCUUUGUGUAGAUGAAACUAUUUUCAUUCAUAAAACUGUUGCUGUUGUAAUUGUUGCUGCUGUAUUUGAACCUGCUGCUGUUUUUAACAAACCAAACGAUAAAAGAUAAUUAACAUUAAAAGGACUGUUCAUCCAAAAAUAAAAUUCUGUCAUCAUUGCUUCACCAUCAUGUUGUUUCAAACCUGGAUGCCUUUCUUCCAUGGAACACAAUAUGGGGAUGUUAGACUGAAUGAAACAACAAAUUUUCCUUUUUGGGGUGAACUAUCACUUUAACAGAAUGUCUAGAGAAGUAAAUGUAGUAAAUCUACAAGCUUUAAUACUUUAUGGCCAUGUUUAUUGUCAUCCAACGUGUAUAAAUUGGAAAUUUGGUUCUGGAUGCGUCUUGCAUAUAUGAACAAGUGAGUGAAGGAUGUGAUUAUUGUAUAAAAAAUAUGUAAAUGUGAAGUUUAAUGGUUUUAUCAACAAUUUGUUAAUAUCUGUAAAAGAAUUUGGAGUGAUUUGUGUGUCAAAUGUUUUUGAAGGUCUGUAUAAAAUGAUCCAUAGUGUUGACAUGCACUUGUGUAUGUUUUGGAUUUACUUUUUAAAUACAUUUCUAAGCUUUGAUUUUUUUUAAUGACUUUAAACACUUUGUGGCAUUUACAGAUGAAUUGUGGUCACACUUUGCAUUGCAGUGUUUAUGUUACAGUGUAAUUACAUAGUGAGUGCUUGAAUUAACUAUUUAAUGUAACAUUUUAAUGUGUAAUGUAUGCAACAUGGACACUGUAAUACAAACUGUUAUCAUAAUGAAUGAGUUUGAAUUAGUUUCAGUGACAGAAUAGCUAUUUUUGACGGACAUUUGUAUUUGCUGAACUUGUGCUGCCUGUUUCAAGUGAGAAAAUAUUACAAAAAUGUCACACACUGUUCGUGUACAAUAUGAAUGCAUAAAUCACAGUUUUCAUUUCAGCUGAAGCUGUUUCGAAUAGAUGUGUCUCAUGAAAUAUGACUGUGAGAGUUGCAAACAGCUUCUGCUCUAAAUCUUGUGUGUCAUAAAUGGUCUUCACACCAGCCCUCUGAAUUUAACAGCUAGGUGCUGGAUCUUUCAUUCAGUUUGCAGAAAUGAUGGCAGUGUUUACUAGGUCGAUUUGUUCUAUGGUGAGUGUAUAGUGAGUUGAUUAAAAAAAAUUAAU